CGUGAUAUGUCUAUGAGGUGACAUGUGUUGUUGAUCGGCGAGAAACGUGAGGGGGGAAUGCGUUACUUAAACGGACGUAGCACAUCACCGUAAUCAUCAAAUGCGAGCGGACGUUACGAUUAAAAAAUAAUUUAUCAGAAUUUAUUUGCCGUACUAUUCAUUUGAUACUGAGUGAGUGAUUGUUUUAUCAUUUAUUCUGACCCAGAACACGACUUGAAGCCAUUAUUCAGCCCGUAUAUAGUGAAAAUGAGCUUUUCGAGGGGAAAUUUUCGGUUGUAAAAAUUGAACAACUAUUCAUUCUCGUGAAUGAAAGGUUCUAGAAUAGUUUUCAUAAGUGAAAAAUUCCGCAGUGCCGGAACAUAUUCAUUAGAAUAAUUUUUGACUCAAAAAGCCAGUGACGAAAGAUUCAUUGAGAGGAGUGGAUUUAGAAAUUUUUUACGCUUUCUUCUUUUCCUGAAAGCCCACUUUUUGGGAAUCAAAUAGGUUACAGUAGUCACUGAGGAAUCACAGUGUCAAUUAUGAGGAGCUCAGCGGUGAGAUAUCUUCUGCAGAGUGGAUUGCAAUUUAGUAAAGUUGAUGGAGGAAUCACGCCACGUAUCACGUGCAGCAUUCUGCACGGUGGAUACAAUAAAGAUCAGCAGACUAGGUCUGUGAGGAUGGCCCACAGCAUGGCUCAGACCAACUGGGUGUCCAGCAGGGACGAGAGUCGCGAGAUGAUGGGACUUUGGCCGGAUAUUGUCAGGGAUUUGACCGAGGUCGGUCGUCAUCUGGAAAUUCCAGAUGCAACUAAAUGGAUGGCCAAGGUACUACAAUACAAUGUUCCAAACGGUAAAAAAACCCGAGGGCUAGCUGUAGUGUACGCUUACCGUAAGUUAAUUGCUCCUGAAAAUCUGACCGAAGAGAAAUUGAGGAUGGCUCGGAUACUGGGCUGGUGCGCCGAAUUGCAUCAAGCGCUCUUCAUUCUGGAGGACGACAUCAUGGAUCACUCGAAGACCCGAAGGGGCCAGCCCUGCUGGUACCUCCACAACAACAUCGGUUUAGCUGCCAUCAAUGAUGGUAUCAUAUUGGAACAAGCCCUGUAUCAACUAUUGCGCACACAUUUCAAGACGGAAAAGUGUUACGUCGAUCUUAUCGAGACAUUCCACGAGAUGACGAUGAAAACGUGUAUGGGACAGACGCUGGACCUUCUCUCCACGAAUUUCGGAAAUCGGCCGAAUUUAAAUCUAUUUACAAUGGAUCGAUACAAUGCUAUUGUUAAAUAUAAGACAGCUUAUUAUUCAUUCGUCAUGCCGGUCACCUUGGCCAUGUAUUUUGCUGGAGUGAACGAUCCGGAGAUGCAUCGACAGGCAAAGACGAUAUUGCUGGAAAUGGGACAUUUCUUCCAAAUACAGGACGAUUAUCUGGACUGCUAUGGCGAUCCAUCUGUCACUGGAAAGCACGGAACUGACAUUCAGGAAGGAAAAUGCUCAUGGCUGGCUGUUGUUGCCCUGCAACGAGCCACUCCUGCACAGCGGCAAAUUAUGAAUGAAUGCUAUGGAUACAAGGAUCCCGAGAAAGUGGCACGAGUUAAACAGUUAUACGACGAUUUGGGAUUGUCCUCAACUUAUGCCAUUUAUGAGGAGGAAAGCUACAAUCUCAUGAAUACGCACAUACAACAGAUAUCGCGCGGUCUUCCCCACGACUUAUUCUUCAAAUUCCUGUCCAAGAUCUACCGCAGGGCUGCCUAGACAAUCCCAAAUUAUCUGCUUCCAGUUUAAAAUAUUCGAAAAUUGAGUCGCUAUUCAUUCAGUGUAUAUAGGAUUGAUACUACUAUUUUGCCAAUUUUCGUUGAAGUGGAUUUUGUAAUUUUUUUAUACGAGGACAGUGGUGAAUAAAUAUAUUUCAGCAGCUUUAUCUGAUAAUUCCGAUCAUCUGUGAGGCUUGCCGGAUGCGACACUAA